AAAAUAUAAAUUUACCCGUGACUACUCGCCUAGCAUGCUGGGUACUCAUGCAUGCUGGGUAAUGCAGUUCUAUAUAACUAACAUCGAUACGCUACAAGUGAUAUUCAUGUACUGUGCCAGUCGUGUUCAGUGAUUUUGUGUGUUUGCCAGUCUGAUAAUUUAUUGUCUUAUUAUAGGUGACAAUGUACUGCCCAUUUUGCGCAUCUGCAGUGGUGUCCCAAGGAAGGACAUUCUGUAGUUCAUGUGGGAAAAAUAUCAGCUUCCUAUACAGUGUUGAUACAACUCAACAAGCCACAACAACAAGUGAAGGCCCUGACACUACAAUGGUGGAAGAACUUAUUGCCAAGUAUUUCACUGAGGGCCACAGUUAUGAAGUAAUAGUGGACUUUCUAGCCACCAAGCACAGCAUUUCAUUGAGUCUUAGCAGCCUAAAGAGAAGAUUACAAGAUGCUGGCCUGACCAGGAAGAUUAACUACACUCCACUUUCAAUUGUACAGGCAGCAAUUACAGAUGAACUGAAGGGAUCAGGCCAGCUUUUUGGCUACAGAGCAAUGUGGCAGACUCUUAAGCAGAAAUACGGUUUUGUAGUCAGAAGAGAUGAUGUCAUGCGCCUAAUGGCAGAAAUUGAUCCGAUCAGAGUGGAAAACCGAUCUAAGCGCAGAUUUGUUCGAAGAGUUUAUCGAUCAAUGGGACCUAAUGAAGUCUGGCACGUUGAUGGCUACGAUAAACUUAAACCUUUUGGAAUAGCAAUAACUGGGUGUAUUGAUGGCUACUCCAGAAAAAUUAUGUGGCUCAAAUGUGGAAAGUCCAACAAUGAUCCCACAGUCAUUGUUCAAAUGUACAUACAGUGUGCAGCUGAGUUUGGUGUUAUUCCUAAGCGCCUCCGCACUGACUGUGGCACGGAAAAUGGUCUGAUGGCUGCCCUUCACUGUUGCCUGAGAUCUGAGCAUGGAGAUGAAUUUGCAGGAGCCAAAAGCCACAUGUAUGGAACGUCUACAUCCAACCAACGCAUUGAAAGCUGGUGGUCCUAUUUCCGAAAGCAAAGGAGUCAGUUCUGGAUGGAUCUCUUUGGUGACUUGAGGGAGCGACAUCUCUUCAAUGGCAGCAAUCUGCACACCUGUUUAGUCAGAUUCUGCUUCCUGGAUGUCCUGCAGAAAGAACUGGACGAAUAUAAGCAGUUCUGGAACACCCAUACCAUUCGCCCUGUUCGUCAGUCCCAGUGCCCAUCUGGCAAACCAGAGGCAAUGUACCAUGUGCCUCACAGGUUCAACGGAAGGAACUGUGGCUUUCCAACAUCCGCAGAGGCUGUGAGACGGUUCAGCAGCCAGAUGCCACCUGCAACUAGUCUGGAUGCUGAUGAGGAUCUGGAAGCUCGCCUAUGUCAGCUGCAGAGACAAAGUGGAUUGCCAACUCCUCUCAACUGGGAAGCUGCCAUUGAGAACUACUUAAGACUUAAGAACAUGGCUAAUUUGUAACAUUGCCUAACUAAGAUGAGUUGAAGCUGGACUGCCCUGACAUGUAGCUGACCAGAUCCUUUGAGAGGAAAUUUGGUCCAGGUCCACCAUGCACGAUAGACACAGCAAUCAUCUGCCCUGCC